AUGGGCUGGAUUAUGGAUGAAGCUGUCAAUAAAUUACACAAUGAUAAUGGCUACUUUGAUGUAUCUAUACCACUGAGUCUUUUGCUUGGAUUUGCUGAAGAUUACCAUAAAGUUGUCAUCAAUGCAAAACAUGAAUUAAUUUUAAUAAGAUCAAAUUCCGAUUUGAAUGCAUACAUUGUGGCCACACCUGCUGCUGGAGCUCAUGCUGAAGCUGUUAAAAUUACGCUGCAAAAAAUCGAGUGGAUUGUACCAUAUGUAACUAUGGCUGAUAAACAAAAAAUUGAAGCUUUGAAUUAUAUUACAAGUGAUCCAGCUAUUUCAAUCAGUUUCCGUGCUUGGGAGCUGUACGAGUAUCCUCUAUUACCAAAUACUUCGAAGCACAUUUGGGCUGUCAAAACUUCUACGCAGCUCGAAAAACCACGUUUUGUAAUACUUGGAUUUCAAACUGCAAGAAAAAAUGACGCAACUAGAAAUGCUAGCGGAUUUAAUCACUGCAACAUCAGGGACAUAAAAUUAUUUUUAAACUCUCGGAGUUAUCCUUAUGGGAAUUUUAAUCUCAACAUCGCGAACAAUCAAUAUGCUCUGUUGUAUGACAUGUAUAUAAAUUUCCGAAUUUCCUACUACAACAAAGAACCUGAACCACUGCUGACAAAGAAGAAAUUUUUGGAACAAGCGCCACUGUAUGUUAUCGAUUGCUCGAAACAAAACGAAUCAAUCAAAUCUGGACCCGUGGACAUUCACCUGGAAUUUGAAUCUGCAAAUCAAUUUCCUGCGCAGACAUCAGCUUAUUGCCUCAUUAUACAUGAUCGCAUCGUCGAGUAUAAUCCCAUAAGCAGCAUCAUACGAAAACUAAUAUGGAGACUGUACGAUAUAAUACAACGCCAAUCAUACAUUACUUGUAUGUAUGGAGAUUUGCACACGAACAAGCAAGAAAAAACAGCAAGAGAUCGAGAACGAUUUAAACAAAGAAUUAAUAAAUUAAAUAUAAUUAUUGAACCUGUAUUAAUUAAGAAACUUACAUUUAUGAAUGAAUAA